UAGCCCGUCUUAUAGUUCACGAACGCGUAAUCCUUCGUGAACUUUGACUAGAGGCCCGAUCAAGGACUGCACUAUGGAAGACGAUCUUCAAGCACUACAAGGUAUCCAUCUAUCUCCGGUACUCGAAUCGCGCCUCGAGUUGCUUGCGCGGACAGCAGAAGCACUAGGAUUGGACGAGCCAUCUAUUAUAGGCAUCAAUCACUCCAUUGCCAAUGUUUCCACUCGCCGCCUCAACCUCAAACUCUCCGUAAACCGCGCGAUCUACGUCGAAAAAGAGCUACGGCUACACUUAGCUAAGCUGGAAGCAGAGCUUGCACUUUUACGGAAGUGGACUGUGUCGCUGAGUGGGGUAACUCCAGAAUCGGAAACUGCUUUUGAAACCGGAGCCGGAACGGAAACUGCAGAGUCUCUGGAACGUCGUCGGCAGGUUAUCAUUCGCAAAGCGAAGGAGUAUCAAGCUCAACUUGUUCAAUUGAACUCCACAAAUGCCUCAAGCUUUUCCACGAAUGUCAGUAUAUCGGAACUCACGCGUUUGCAGGAGCAGAACAAAGAGCGGGAAAAGGAGAUUCGUCGAAAGAGAAAAAAAGUUGAGGCCUUUCGUGGAUUGCCUGCAAACCCAGACCUUGCGCGCCUUACCCUCCUCCAAGCCACGCAGAAUUUGCAAGAUCUGACUCGUGUACGGGAGGGACUACUAGGAAAGAUGGUAGACGGUUAAGGCCUCUAUAGGCCUCUAUGCUCCUCAAACUUCGGCUUUGUCAUGUUGAUGAGUGUCUGAGUUGCCGGCUACCCGAGAUCCCGACACCUGCUCUCAUAUCAAGGUGAUAUUUCACCGUAAAUCAUGCUUGCAAUUCCCAAUACCGUCCCGAUGUUACUCUCCGUCUGAAUAAUUCGUGUGGAGCUCUAUGCACAGAUACAGCGUCUGAACGGGCUCACGGAGUAAUAGCGGCGAUAUAUGUCCGAAUUAGGUAAACUUUCUGCCAAAUAGAGAAAAACAAAUUUAAAUUGUUAAUCAC